ACCAUGUCAACGAUUACACCAGAGGUUCCCAGUUCGGGACUAUUAACUACCAGUGCUUUUUACUACCUUAUAAUACCCACAUUGGCAUUAUGGUACAUGUACUGGAAUAUGUCUAGAAAACAUUUUAAUCAACUUGCCGAAAAGAUUCCUGGACCUGUAGGAUACCCAAUAAUUGGAAAUGCCUUCGAGUUUGUUGGAAAAGCACCCGACAUUUUCAAGAGAAUUUACAAAAAAUCUUUCGAGUAUGGGGACGUUGUGAAGUUUUGGGUUGGUCCAAAACUCAUCAUCUUCUUAUUGCAUCCCAGUGAUGCCGAAAUUAUUCUCAACAGUCACGUACAUAUUGACAAAUCGCCCGAAUAUCGUUUCUUCAAACCAUGGCUUGGUAACGGACUGUUGAUUUCUACCGGCGAAAAAUGGAGAGCACACAGAAAACUGAUCGCACCAACUUUCCACUUGAACGUCCUGAAAUCAUUCGUCGACCUGUUCAACGCUAACAGCAGAGAAACUGUAGAGAAGCUCAAGAAAGAAAUUGGAAAGGAGUUUGAUUGUCACGAUUACAUGUCUGAAGCCACUGUUGAAAUUUUGUUGGAAACCGCCAUGGGUGUUAGUAAGAAAACUCAAGAUCAAAGUGGAUUCGAUUAUGCCAUGGCUGUUAUGAAGAUGUGUGACAUUAUCCAUCUCCGUCACACGAAAUUCUGGCUCAGACCUGACCUGAUUUUCAACUUCACUAAAUACGGAAACUAUCAAGAAAAGCUUAUCAACACAAUUCACAGUUUAACGCGUAAAGUUAUCAAGAGGAAGAAGGCUGAUUUUAUGCAAGGUAUUCGUGGAUCUACUGCUGAAGUGCCUGAAAAUUUGAAAACUAAGAACUACGAGAAACAAGAGGCCAAGAACAAGACCGUUGUUGAAGGAUUAUCAUAUGGACAAUCAGCAGGCCUUAAGGAUGAUCUGGAUGUUGAUGAUGAUAUUGGAGAGAAGAAGAGAAUGGCUUUCUUGGAUCUUAUGAUUGAAGCUUCACAAAACGGCGUUGUUAUCAACGAUGAGGAAAUUAAGGAACAAGUGGAUACCAUUAUGUUUGAGGGACACGAUACCACUGCUGCAGGAAGCAGUUUCUUCUUGUCAAUGAUGGGUAUUCACCCACAUAUUCAAGAACGCGUCGUACAAGAACUGUAUGAAAUCUUCGGUGACUCGGACAGGCCCGCCACAUUUGCCGAUACAUUGGAAAUGAAAUAUCUUGAGCGUUGUCUUAUGGAAACUUUAAGAAUGUACCCACCAGUACCGAUUAUUGCUAGACAGGUCAACCAGGAUGUAAAAUUAUCCACAUCUAACUUAACAGUUCCCGCUGGAGCUACUGUAGUUAUUGCAACAUUUAAAAUUCAUCGCAAGGAAGAUAUUUAUCCCAAUCCUACUAAAUUCGAUCCUGACAACUUUUUACCUGAGAGAACCGCCAAUAGGCAUUACUAUGCUUUCAUUCCAUUCAGUGCUGGACCCAGAAGUUGUGUCGGUCGCAAAUACGCCAUGUUGAAACUUAAAAUCUUGCUUUCCACAAUUUUGAGAAACUAUGUUAUCAAAUCCGACAUAAAGGAAGAAGACUUCCAAUUGCAAGGUGAUAUUAUUUUGAAAAGGGCAGAAGGAUUUAAAAUUAAACUGGAACCUAGGAAAUCUUUAGUUAAAGCUUAAUAUCUAAUUUAUGUAUAAAUUAAAUGUUGUUAUGUGAUUGUAUAAAUUAAAGUUUAAGGCAAGUUGA